AUGUUCCGCUCUAACUUUUCUUUAGCGAGAUUUUUCUUUUUUUCAUUCCAUGCUUCUUUCGUUUUUCUAUUUGCGGUACUUUUUUUUCUUUCCUUCUUUUUUUUUUACUUUCUUUCUUUUUUUUUCUUUCUUUCUUUUUUAUUUUUAUAUUCUAUUUCUUUUACUUGUUUGUCUAACAUUUCCUUCCGGUCUUCCUUUCUUCUUUCCUUCCCUCCUUCCUUCUCGUCUUCCUUCCUUCCUUCCUUCCUUCCUUCCUUCCUUCCAUCUUUCCUUCCUCCCUCCUUCCCCUCCUUCCUUCAAUUCCUUUCUUCCUUUUUUCCUUAUUUGCUUCCUCCCUUCCUCCCUCCCCUCCUUCCUUCCUUGCUUCCUUCCUUCCUUCCAUCCAUCCUUCCUUCUCUUCUUCUUUCCUUCCUUCCUUCCUUCAAUUCCUUCAAUUUUUUCCUUCCUUCCUUCCUUCUCUUCUUCCUUCCUUCUCUUCUUCCUUCCUUCCUCCCUCCCUUUCUUCUCUUCUUCCUUCCACCCUCCCUCCCUCCCUCCCUCCCUCCCUUCCUUCUCUUCUUCCUUCCUUCCUUACUUCCUUCCUUCCUCCCUCCCUCCCUCCCUUCCUUCCUUUAUCCAUUCAUCCAUUCAUUCGUGCCAUCAUUCCUUCCUUUUCCGAUUAUUUUUAUUUUUUAUCCUAUUUCAUGUACUCGUUACUUUGAGUGA